CGAUGCUUCUUCGAUCUUCACGAAUACUCAUAAAUUAAUGAUCCAAAGGCUGUUUAUUUAUCGCACCUUCUAUGAAUGCUACCUCACGUGAUCGUUCAUCAUCUAUGCGACCCUUCUUCCUUCUCUCUCUCUCUACGUAACUUCGACGACCCACUUUCUCUCUCUAAACCCAAACUUACAGAACAAGGAAAAUACGCAGUGGUUGGGCGCUAAUAUUUUGUGAAAAAAGAAUGGAAUAUGCCAUUGUAUCGAAAUUUGUUCGCCGCCAGACAAUCUUAGAUACUCGUCAAUAAAUCCUCCCAAAUUUCUAUACUAUAUAACAAAGGGACAGAUACCACUUUCCUCUUUUGUUAUUGACUCAUCAUUAUUCAUUAAGAUUAGAUUCUCAUCAAGUAUAUGUGAAUCAAAAGCCUCCAUUUGAAGAUUAAAAAUCAAAUAUGGGGUUAGAUAAAGAGCACAGUGGUAUACUGGAUAUUAACAUGGAGAAAGUGCGGACGAUUCUAACCCAUACAUACCCUUACCCCCAUGAACAUUCACGCCAUGCCAUCAUUGCAGUUGUUAUUGGUUGUCUGUUUUUUAUUUCAUCAGACAACAUGCAUACACUCAUUCAAAAGCUAGACAACAACAUCAAAUGGUGGUCAAUGUACGCGUGUUUACUCGGGUUUUUCUAUUUCUUUUCAUCUCCAUUUGUAGGAAAAACAAUUAAACCAAGCUACUCGAAUUUCAGUCGAUGGUAUAUAGGAUGGAUAUUAGUGGCAGCUGUAUACCAUCUUCCAAGUUUUCAGUCAAUGGGAGUGGAUAUGAGGAUGAAUCUUUCCUUGUUUUUGACUAUAUACAUUUCAUCUAUUUUUGUACUCCUUGUUUUUCAUUUAGUUUUCUUGGGCCUUUGGUAUCUUGGUCUUGUUUCUCGUUUGGCUGGGAGGAGACCCGAGAUCUUAACCAUUGUUCAAAAUUGUGCGGUGUUAAGUGUGGCAUGUUGUGUGUUUUAUAGCCACUGUGGCAAUCACGCAUUGAAUGAAAAACGAUUAGGAAGAAGAGAUUCCGGACUUUUUUCACUUUGGAAGAAGGGAGAAACGAGCAUAUGGCUCUCAAAAUUCCUUAAAAUUUACGAAUUCAAAGAUGAAAUAUGCAAAUCAUGGUUUGCUCCUGUGGGGUCCGCACGUGAUUAUCCACUUCUCUCUAAGUGGGUCAUAUAUGGAGAAUUUUCUUGUAGUGGCCCAUGUGAGUCAUCCGAUGAAAUUUCCCCAAUUUAUUCAUUAUGGGCAACGUUUAUUGGACUUUACAUGGCUAAUUAUGUGGUGGAAAGAUCAACUGGAUGGGCUCUUACUCAUCCAUUGUCUGUAGAACAAACCGAGAAGCUGAAAGAUGAGCAGAUGAAGCCUAAUUUUUUGGAUAUGGUUCCUUGGUAUUCAGGAACAUCAGCUGAUUUGUUCAAGACUGUGUUUGACCUUCUUGUAUCUGUGACUGUAUUUGUUGGAAGAUUUGAUAUGAGAAUGAUGCAAGCAGCUAUGAGUAGGGUCCACGAAGGGGCAAAAGAGGAUUUUCUAUAUGAUCAUCUUAGUGUAAAAGAUCAUUUAUGGUUUGAUUUCAUGGCUGAUACUGGUGAUGGUGGAAACUCAUCUUAUUCUGUUGCUAGACUUCUUGCUCAACCUUCACUUUAUGCCUUCAAUGAUGAAUCUUUACUAUCAUUACCUCGUGGGGACCUCCUUCUUAUUGGAGGCGAUCUCGCGUAUCCUAAUCCCUCGGCGUUCACUUACGAAAAACGGUUUUUUCGUCCUUUUGAGUAUGCUCUUCAACCACCUUCGUGGUAUAAAGAUGAGCAUAUAGCGGUUGAUAAGCCGGAAUUACCAUCUGGUGUGUCUGAACUCAAACGUUAUGAUGGGCCUCAAUGCUUUGUUAUCCCUGGGAACCAUGAUUGGUUUGACGGGCUUCAAACUUUCAUGAGGUACAUUUGUCACAAAAGCUGGUUAGGUGGAUGGUUAAUGCCACAAAAGAAAAGUUACUUUGCAUUACAAUUACCAAAAGGGUGGUGGGUUUUUGGUCUUGAUUUAGCUCUUCAUUGUGAUGUCGAUGUUUAUCAAUUCAAAUUCUUCGCCGAGUUGAUAAAAGAAAAGGUUAGAGAGACGGAUUCGGUGAUUAUUAUGACACACGAACCGAAUUGGAUCUUGGAUUGGUAUUGGGAUGAUGUGACUGGAAAAAACGUGUCACAUCUUGUGAAAGAUCAUUUAAAAGGAAGGUGUAGACUUAGAAUGGCGGGUGAUUUACAUCAUUACAUGCGUCAUUCGCGGGUCCCAUCUGAAACACAUGACUCUGUGCAACAUCUACUUGUUAAUGGUUGUGGUGGGGCCUUUUUGCAUCCCACACAUGUUUUUAGUAAUUUUGAUAAAGCUUAUGGUGCAACUUAUGAAAUGAAAGCCGCAUAUCCAUCUGUUGAAGAUUCAAGUAGGAUUGCUCUUAGUAAUAUCUUGAAGUUUCGCAAGAAGAAUUGGCAGUUUGAUUUCAUUGGUGGAUUUAUUUAUUUCAUAUUGACAUUUUCCAUGUUCCCACAAUGUAAUCUUGGCCAUAUUUUACAUAAAGAUGAUACGUUUUCGGGGCAUGUGAAGAACUUUUUUAGCACAGUGUGGGAUGCUUUUAUGUACAUGCUUGGGCAAUCGUAUGUAUCUUCUACGGGUGCUUUGUUGCUGUUAGUGGCUGCAAUAUCAUUUGUUCCUUCAAAAGUGUCGCGAAAAAGAAGAGUAGCAAUUGGAGUUCUUCACGUUUCUGCUCAUCUUUCAGCUGCUUUGAUUCUUAUGUUACUAAUGGAAUUAGGCGUUGAAAUAUGCGUACAACACAAACUUUUGGCAACUUCAGGGUAUCACACGUUAUACGAAUGGUACAAAUCGGUGGAAAGCGAGCAUUUUCCGGACCCCACAGGGCUUCGGACACGUAUCGAGCAAUGGACUUUCGGGCUUUAUCCGGCUUGCAUUAAGUAUCUCAUGUCAGCUUUUGAUGUUCCCGAGGUGAUGGCGGUGACACGGACUAAUAUAUGCAAGAACGGGUUAAAUUCACUCUCGCGAGGUGGUGCAACCAUAUACUAUGCAUCCGUGUUUCUUUAUUUUUGGGUUUUCUCAACACCCGUGGUUUCUCUUGUAUUUGGAAGCUAUUUGUAUAUUUGUAUCAAUUGGCUCCAAUUACACUUUGAUGAAGCUUUUUCUUCCUUGCGGAUUGCUAAUUACAAAUCCUUCACACGCUUCCAUAUCAAGGAGGAUGGCGAUCUUGAAGUCUUCACUCUUGCAGUUGACAAGGUUCCCAAGGAAUGGAAGCUAGAUCCUGAGUGGGAUAAUGAGGUGAGACAACCGCAAAUGGCUAGUCACAAUCGGAAGUAUCCGAGCAAAUGGAGGGCGAAUGCUUUUCAUCAGGACCCUAUAAAUACUGUUAGAAUUGUAGAUCAAUUUGAAAUUCAACCAACAUAUAAAUUGCAAGUGGCAGCAGUAAAUGGGUCCAUGUCUCGUUGAAUGUAGCUUUAAAUUCAAUGGAUUUGUUUAAGAAAUUGUGUUUCAUUUAGAUAUGGAAUACAGUUAUUAGUUGUAGAACUUUAAAUGUAUGAUGCAAUGUUGCCUCCAUGUUAUAUAGUGUAGUGUAAAUAUUUUGUAUGCAAAUUCCAGUUGACUUAGCAUUA